AUGACGGAUCAGUUCGACGCCAAAUACGCCGCUCCGGAGGACACCGAAACCAACGGGCCGAUCCGCAUCAAGUCUCUCUACAUCCACCCUGUGAAGUCAUGCGGCUUCAUCGAGGUCAACCGCGCAUUGCUCACCAAGACCGGCUUUCUGUACGACAGAUGCUUCGCCAUUUCCACCGAAGUCGUCGACCCAGACAAUGGCUCGAUAACAUGGAAGUUCAUCAGCCAACGUACCAAACCCAGCAUGUGCCACAUUAACACGGAGAUAUGGCUUCCUCACAAGGAUAGUGAUCCCAGCGACCCUCUCGUGCAGGCCGGCGGCUGCGUUGUGCUGUCAUUUAGAGACCCAGAUUCUCCAUCUUGGACUCAAAAAUUGGAGACACUUCUUCAUACCUGGGAUCCUUCCGCCGUGCCGGAGGUCUUCUUGGUUGCACCUCUUCAACCUACAUCGACAGAAGUGGAAAAGCUGAAUAUCAGGAUUAAAAAGUUCGGCAUCCACGCUCGUGAGGCUAGCGGACUGGAUCUGGGCGACAUCCCAUCCGUCGCAGCCGCGCUACCCAAGCUCAAGAAAUACCUCCAGAUCCCGGAGAAGCGCGGCUUGACACUGAUGCGAUGCACUCCGGAUACCUUGACCCGUUGCGACAGAAACCUCGCACCGCUAAAGUCCAUCGGAACACCUUCAAUUCACGGCUACACGGACCAACAACCCGUCAACCUCAACUCCCUCUCCUCAGUACACGCCGUCUCUGCGCUGUUACCACCAGAAAAUCAGCCCCUGGAUGCACUACGCUUCCGCGCAAACAUCUGGAUCACGGGUGCCCCAGCCUUUGCCGAAGAGUCCUGGAAACGCUAUCGAAUCUUACCAAAGGCUGUUUCGGAGGAGAAAAGGGCAGAGGUUGCGCCAAAGUUAUCGGUUGUUUGCCGUACAUCACGGUGUACGAUGCCGAAUGUUAAUCUUGAGACGGGGACCUUUGAAGCAGAUAAACCAGUUGAGGGGAAGAAGAAGGGCAAGCCACAGCCGAGCGCGACUUUGAUAGAAUACCGGACGGUAGAGACAGGGAACCCAUCCGCGCUGGGAUACAUCGGUAUGCAUUGCGUACCGGAGGAUCAGGAUCUGGAGGAAGCCAAGGAGCAGAGGGCGGGGCUGUAUGUUGAAGUCGGCGAUGAGAUUGAGGUGCUAGAAACUGGGAUGCAUCUUUUUGGUUCAACGGCAAAAGACUAUUAG